AUGAGCAGCCUCCGCACGGACGCCGGGGAGCAGCGGCCGGAGCCGGGGCCCGCGCCCGGCAAGGCCACGUCCCAGCUCCGCAACUACACGCAGGGGCAGCGGCUGGAGCGCGUCUACAGCACCUACCUGCAGAUGCACACGCACCAGACCGUGCGCUUCGUGCGGCAGAAGCACGCGCAGUUCGGCCGCUGCGCGCUGCGCACCAUGAGCGUCAUGGAGGCGCUGGAGCUGCUGGACGCGCUCGUGGACGACUCGGACCCCGACGUCGACUUCCCCAACUCGCUGCACGCCUACCAGACGGCCGAGGGCAUCCGCCGGGCGCACCCCGACAAAGGCUGGUUCCAGCUGGCGGGGCUGCUGCACGACCUGGGCAAGGUGCUGGCGCUCUUCGGCGAGCCGCAGUGGGCCGUGGUGGGCGACACCUUCCCCGUGGGCUGCAAGGUGCAGCCCUCCGUGGUCUUCAGCGACUCCACCUUCCAGGACAACCCCGACCGCGGGCACCCGCUCUACAGCACCGAGUGCGGCAUGUACGAGCCCGGCUGCAGCCUCGACAAGGUGCUCAUGUCCUGGGGACACGACGAGUACAUGUACAAGGUGCUCAAGUUCAACAAGGCGGCGCUGCCUGAGGAG